CGCGCACGGGGCCAUUUGCAGCGCAGGCAGCCUCGAGAGCGGCCGCGGCGCACCGGCGGGGAGCGAGGCGACGCCAUGGAGCUCAAGAAGGACAGCAACGCCGUGUCCAUCGACAUGCUGCUGAUCGUGCACUCGGAGAAGCGGCGCGCCGCGCAAGGCGCGCACUCGGAGCGGCAGGCGGACCCGGGCGCGCCGCCGCAGCGCCGAGGAGGACUCCAGGGUGUCGGAAACGGAAUCCGGAGAUGGCAGAAAUUCGAAGGAAAUGAUGUGCAUGGAAGCCUAGCGGAGAAACAGAACCCUCAGCAGACCCAGGUCAUUACGUCCUACGACAACCAAGGGACACAGCUGACUGUGGAAGUCCACCCUCGAGAUGCCAUGCCCCAGCUGCUCAAGAAGUUCUCCUUGGCUAAACGUUUGCAAGGUGAUAAAAAUGGAAACACAAGACCCCGGCAGCCUGGAGCGAAAGAUGCCCAUGCCUACCCGUGGGAUCGGUCCAGCCUGAAAUCCAUGCCCCUGGACCUGCGGCAGUUUGAGAAACUGGACAGCUAUGCCUCACAGGUGACGGUCAAGAGUGGCCUGGAUGAGCUGGUGAGUGACCUGCUCCAGGAAGCCCACAGUGACCUGGAGAGGGUCCGCGUGAUCUGGAUCUGGAUCUGCCACCACAUAGAAUACGACGUCGAGGCGGCCCAGGAGAAGGACCGCCAGGCCUUCAAGCCCACCGACAUCCUGCGGACACAGAAGACCAACUGUGAUGGCUACGCUGGACUCUUUGAGAGGAUGUGCAGGAUCGCCGGGGUGCAGUGCAUGACUGUGCCUGGCUACUCCAAGGGCUUUGGCUAUCAGACGGGCCAGAGCUUCUCGGGGGAGUUUGACCACGCCUGGAACGCCGUGUACCUGGAGGGGAGGUGGCACCUGGUGGACAGCACCUGGGGCAGUGGCCUGGUGGACUCUGCUACCUCCAAAUUCACCUUCCUAUACAAUGAAUUCUACUUCCUCACCCAUCCCGCACUGUUCAUCGAGGACCAUUUCCCAGACAACAAGAAUUGGCAACUGCUAAAACCACCUCAAUCCCUGAAGCAGUUUGAGAACAACAUGUAUCACAAGAGUGAAUUCUACAACAAGGGGAUGCUGAGUGCCCACCCAGAGACUUCUGUGAUCAAAACAGUGAACGGGAAGGCCACCAUCACCAUUGAGAGCUGUGCCCCGACGCUCUUCAUGUUUAUGCUCAAUGGCAAGCAGGAGCAUGGGCUGCUGAGCCUCAGGAAGAACGGGAUGAAGCUGGACAUCUACCCUCCCACAGUGGGCACCCACAAGCUGCAGAUCUUUGCCAAAGGCAACUCUGACAUCUACAGCUCGGUGCUGGAGUACACACUCAAGUGCAACUACGUGGACAUCGGUGUCCAGCUGCCCGCUGAGCUGCACCAGCCCGUGGGCCCCAGCUGGUUCUCGGAGCAGAUGGGCAUCGUGAAGCCCUCCCACCCCGACCCCAUCAUCCACACCAGUGACGGCCGCUGCUCCGUCAGCUUCGGUGUAGACGAGGGCAUCAGCGUCCUGGCUUCCCUGCACGGGGACGAAGGCCCUAUCACCGAGGAGACCGGGCGGCGCUACAUCUUCCAGCUGCACCGAGAGAAGCGGGCGGAGCUGAAGGUCCAGCUGCCCCAGGCCGGCAAGUUUGCCCUCAAGAUCUUCGUCAAGAAGAGGCUGGAGCCGGGCAACUACGUCUUUGUCUUCAGUUACCUUCUGUGCUGUACCAACACCAAGGUGAACUGGCCCAUGUUCCCCGAGAGCUUUGGCAACUGGGGGCAGGACAAUGAGUUGCUGGAGCCCCUGUCGGGCGUGCUUCCUGCCAACCGGAAUGUCCCAUUCAAACUGAAGCUACAUGGUAUCGCCAAAGCCCUGGUGAAGGGGCAGGACACGUGGCCCCUGACCCUGAAUAGAGAGGGCUACUGGGAGGGCAGCUGCAGCACGGCCGGCUGCCAAGAAAUCUAUGUCAUGGUGCUGGAGAACGCCAACCACAACUUCUACUCCUACAUCCUGAAAUACAAAGUGAACUCCCAGUGAGGCCUGGUGCCCGGUCACGCCUCCCAGAGGGCCAAGGCCAGACCUGCCCAGGGAGGGCCCAACGGAAGUGCAGCGAGCCCCGGCCACCAGCGAGUCUGCAUGAAACCACUUCUGGGCCUCUGCCUCAGUCUCCCUGCCCCGCCGUGGAAGCUGCGAUGUUUGUGUUCUGAUGGCUUCGCUCAGCUGUGGCAACGGCCGAGAGGACUGAGGCAAAGGCCCUUUAGAAGAAAAAGGUGCUAUGUAAAUCCAAGGUAUUGUAAACUGUACACCACUGCCCAGAUGCCCCUUCUCGUAUUCAUGCUGUUGUUGUUUUUGUAGGGUUGAUGUGGGAAAGCAGGCAUAUGGCCCCAGCAGAAAGCUUUGCACGUGAUGGUGAGAGGACUCUCCUCUACGCCCCACAGGGACCCGGUCUGCGAGGCUGAGUCGUCCUGAAUCACAGAACCCCUUUCAAGUAGCAUCGGUGUUUCUCACCAAUUCCUCGACCCCAGGGAGGGUUGGAAGCCCAUUUUUCCCAGACCUGACCAUCCUCUGCAUUCCUGCAGCCUCUUGCUCUUCAGGAGCCCUAGAAAAGAGAAGGUGUGAAGAGGAAGCCAGCCAGGCCGCCUCUGCCUGGAGGUUCCACAAUCCCUGUAUACUCUGGGGAUGUGGCAAUAGAGAAGUCGGAAGGGGGCCCCCGGUGCCCACUCUUGGGUGGCCUGGGUGGAGGGCCAGAGGGCGAGGGACGCUGCAGCAGCCCCACAACCUGAGUCUGAGGGUGUGAGACCCCAGACUCCGUGCUCCCAGACGAGCCCACAGGGCAGUUCGGUCCGGUUCGGUCUAGCUGGUGGUCCUCCAGGCCCUCUCAGAGCCUGGGUGUCAGGCCCUGGCCUGCACCUCCAUAGGGGGAGCUUCAGGAGGCUGCUAGGCCCUUGGGGUGGGGGCUUGCGGACAACCCUAAAUAAACACCCAAGCAGGGAGGCCGGGCAGGGAGUCGGGCAAAUACCACAGUGUCCAGGAGACUCGGGAACUAGCAGGGCUCUGCUGGCCCCGAGGGUCCCCACGCGCGAAGCCCGCACAGGGGGACCGCCCCGCCCGGAGCCUCUGAGCUCGUCUGUCCCCCCUCCUUCCCCGCCUUGCUCUGACAGGAGAGACCCUGGGGUCCGCGUGCACCUCCCGGCUGCCCUAGGAGCCUGGGCCCAGCGGCCUCGGCGGCGCCUCAGGCCCGUGUUGCCAUGGCAACGGCAGAGAGGAGGGAAGGGGAAGGGGGAGAGGCCCGCGUGGCCACCGCAGCACCCCGCAGCGCCCGCCCCCUGCAGUGUAGCUAAUGAAUACAUUCUGGAGCAUGCGGAGGAUGCCACCCAGCAACACAGGAGCUGCCCCAGGAAGCAAGACAAGGCCCAGCCUCGCAAAGUGUCUGCGGAGCAACCACGUGCCCCUCCGUCUGCGGCGUUAACCAGGGCCCCCCCCCAACCACCCCACCCCAUUUGUAAAGACAGCUGUGGGCGCAGCCAGAAAUCACCUGUAUUUCUCUCCACUGAAGUAAAAAUACAUGAAAUGAAAUCCAAUCUUCAUGAAUUUUUACACGCAUGCUGCUCAGGGUGGAACGCAGGGCUGCAUUUUGAAGUCUUUUAUUCAAAUCCCCAGCUUUGUUUCCUGGUGGCGCCGUGGCGCGACGGUGGAAUGGCACGGGCGCUCCCUGGUGCCCAGUCCGCGAGCUGCCGAGAGUUCACGCUCACUCCGGCUCACUCCGAUGUUGGUGUCACGUUCACCGCGUGCUUCCUGGCGUGCACACGGAGCGCACAGGCUGUGGGGCGAGCUUGGGGACUGCCUGGCAGGGUGAGAAGACACCGGGGUGUGCCACUGGGGAGUGUUUUGCCGGGAAAUCCCAUCUUGACAUGCAAACCCUGGGUAUGAGACUGGAAGGGACAGCUCUGCGAGCGCUCGUUACUGUGCCCCCAUUGUAAGGACCGAACCGAUCACACUCCGAGCUUUGGCCCCGCAAGUCCUAGGACGGUGGCCCUCACCCCAGGCAGCAGGGUGCAGAGGUCGGGGAGGGUGAGGGAGUUAACUGCUCUUAACUCCUUGCGUGCGGCUUGGUUGGCUUGGUUCCCAAGCGCCAGCAGCACAGCUGGAGCCCGUUUCAAUCUGAUUAUGAUCAUUGUGAGCUCCCCAUAUGCUACAUUGUCCCACCAGAGGCAAACCUCUCACCGCCUGCUGAGAUUAAAAGGAAAUAAAUAGAGUAACUGAAGCAUGAAGGAUUUAGGCUAGACAUAAAGAACUAUUUCCUGUUUUUAAGCAGGAGGGACACGUUGCCAAGAAAGUUUGUGAAAUCCUCUUCUCAAAGGACUUGGAAAGUAGAAAAGGUUUCCCAGUGGUCUGGGUAUUAGACGCUCUGCUCACUGGAAGGACUAAAUUCUCACCAAACCAGUUAAUCCUUAAAAUACGCUAGAUGGCCCCCAGCAAACGCAAGGUGAACAGGAUUGCCGCAUCCUUUGCUGUUAGCAGCGUGUUCAGAGGCGGGUGUGCAUCCGCAUCCCACAUCACUUUAUCUGGGGUCUAUCAUUUCAUUUGGAAUAAGUAGCUGGAACUCUUAAAUGGUGAUUACUUUUCAUAAUGUGUGUGUUGAGUUGUGUGGGCCAGUGGCUGUUGAGUAUGCUUUCCCCACAUUGUUGCUGGUGUUGUUUUUCAAUAAAAUUUAUAUUCAUUUUUAUCCAACAA